UUACAGCUGGUGGAGCUGAAGAACGGGGAGACGUACAACGGGCACCUGGUGAGCUGUGACAACUGGAUGAACAUCAACCUGCGGGAGGUCAUCUGCACGUCCCGGGAUGGAGACAAGUUCUGGAGAAUGCCAGAGUGCUACAUUCGUGGCAGUACGAUUAAAUACCUGCGUAUCCCCGACGAAAUAAUUGACAUGGUGAAAGAAGAGGUGGUGUCCAAGGGCAGAGGCCGUGGCGGGAUGCAACAGCAGAAGCAACAGAAGGGCCGUGGUGUUGGAGGUGCUGGACGAGGUGUGUUUGGUGGCCGUGGCCGAGGAAUACCAGGCAGCGGAAGAGGCCAGCAGGAAAAGAAGCCAGGCAGACAAUCAGCAAAGCAGUGAGGGGCUGGCUGCACCCUGGCCGGGGACAGUGCUGCGAUGCCAUUUGGUUUUUAUCACCUCAGGAUUGCCACGUGUUCAAAAGCGUUACCCUUCUACUCUUCCGUCGGUUGAUCAGUGCCCAAACCAUGUAGUUUGGAAGCCCCUUGCAAUUUAGUCUGGUAAAGUGGAGUUUAUCGGCUCCUUGUAGUCAGUGAGACAUUGGAAAUAUUUAAAAAAAAAAAAAAAAAAAAUCAUUUGCGGUUAAGGACCUGAGUUCUGCCCUCUCCUGAGAGCAAAAGCACUAUUGAAUUUUGCAGGGUUUAAUUUAACAAUUAACCGCGCACAGUGGUGUAAGAACGAAGGCAAAUGCUUUCUGGAUUGUUUGGAUUUAUAUAUUUUUAUUUUUUUUUUUAAUAAUUGAAACUUGGGGAACUUGUUGCGUUUGUAACAGAUGUGAGCAUUUUGGUUUAAAAACAUGGAACUUGAGUAUAUUGUGUCUUUACGUGAGUGGUCUUAAGGGUUUGGGGUUGUUUUAAAACGGCAAACUUCGAAGCUAUUGCUUGUCCUCUGUCCCUGGCCGCUGAGUUCUGCCUCUCUCCUACGGCUUAACGGAGAACUUGGGAUGAACAUUGCGCUGGCCUUCAAGGGUUGUUUCCAAGAGAGCUUUGUGAUAAAUGAGGGUUUCCUAAUUAGUGUAUUGCUAAUUUGACUUGAGAUUAGACGUUUCCUUUAAAGGAAAGGGUUUUCCUUGUUCUCUUGUGGAAGGCUGGUGUGCCCCUUACCCCCUUAACACCCCCCCCCCAUCUUCGGAUUUGUUGGGGUUUUUCUUUCCCUGAAAAGCAAUCGGGCUGUUAACUUGAUUUAUUUCCCCCCCAUACUUUGAAAACUCCCUUCUGCCCGUGACACGAAGUCCCAAACUCACAAUGUUUCUCAAGUUUAUUUUUUUCCUGCUACCUUCUGAUCAACUCCACUGGAAGUACUUGUCAGUUCCCUUUCCAGUCACCGAUUCUCUCUCCCUGGGGACAUAGACCAGCGUGUUCCCCCCCACCGCGCAGGUUAAGAAAGCUCCUGUGAAUUCCCAGGUCAGGUUGUUCCAGUCUUCCAUCCCACGGGGUGCCGGGAACCAUGAGCAAAAUGCACCCGGAAAAUAUCCUGGCUGAUCCGAAUUGAAUGUCUGCAUGGGGGCACCGGGGGAAGAGUGAGGCUCUGGCCAUGCCUCAGCCCCCUGAAGGGAUGAAAUAGCUUAAUUUUGGGGGGAAAAGCUGAUAUUGUGGCUUGUUCUGAACAGGUUUUUUUUGGUUUGGUUUUUUAAAACUGAUUCCCCUAUCGAAGCCUACUCUGCCGUCACCGCUGUACUGAGAAAAUGAGUAAAGAACAUGCUUUUAUAUAUACUUAUUUUUUUAAUGUUUAUAGAACUUGUGUGCAGGGGUGAGUAGGAAUAAAU